AGGAAAUCAUCGAAAAUGUCUGUGGCUCUUUAAAGACGUUCCUGUUCUCCAGGGACCGAUUUUUCAUGCAUCGCUUCUUACCCAUAUCUUUGCAUAUGAAGGCCUUAAGUAGCACAUUGGUUGAGCCAGGGGCGCUGUGCGGGGAGAAACUCCGAGAUUAGACGAAAGGCUUCGUCCAUUCAGCGCGGACAGCAGCAGCCAGCGCGCUCCCUCUGUGGGCGGUGUUUCAAACCAGCGGAUUCGGGAGGAACGUGGGAGCUGUCAUUGCUGUAAAACACAUUUGCGGGCACCAGCAUCACCGUUGACAGCAAUUACAAGUGCUGGGAUUAUGUUCAUUUAAACGACCACUUAUUGACAGGGUGCCUUCAUAACAUGCUGCUCCAUAUGUAAUCCAAUGUAUUUUUUUUUUAAUUCGCCAGCUCUGAAGGGGAAUUUUGGAGAGACAAGCUGAUCAUGAAGUGGGAUAUUUUACUCUUCUCUUGUCUUUUAGAGAAAAAUAACGGAUGCUUCCGUUGAACGAAGGUAUUUUCCACUGGAUUAACAAGGGACAGUAUUUUUGAUACUUAAUUUCCGUGCAUAAAUACUAAUCUAUUGCCGUUUACGGGAAACAACGUUGUUUUUUAUGAAGUCACGGGCGAAACAUCGUGUCAUUCGUAUAGCCUAGUACCUCAAUUUCAAAAUGCUGUGGUGCUGAUGAGAGACUGUUCCUCGAUAACAGUUUUUUUUUAUUUUCACAACCCACAAUGAGAAACAAAUAGCUCUCCGCUUAAGCGAUGGAAACACUGUGACUGAGGCUUCUACUGAACUUGAGAAGCAGCAACAGCGACUGCACGUCUCGACACCCCAGAAAUCAACACAUAAUAUGGUAUGAGCUUCUGAAGUCGAUUGGAGCAUGGAGUCCGCACACCAGGCAGGUUAGGAGGUUUUGCGAGACACACUAAGAACCUUGUAUUGACCCCCCAUCCUGAAAUGAGGCAAAAUGUUGAUGUGUGACAGAGGAGUCCAAAUGCUCAUCACUACAGUGGGCGCUUUCGCCGCGUUCAGCCUGAUGACUAUCGCUGUGGGAACGGACUAUUGGCUGUACUCACGAGGAGUGUGCCGGGUCAAAAGUAAUAACGAGAACGAGACGAGCAGGAAGAAUGAGGAAGUCAUGACCCAUUCGGGGCUCUGGAGAACCUGCUGUCUGGAAGGAACAUUUCGAGGUGUCUGUAAGAAGAUUGACCACUUUCCAGAGGAUGCAGAUUAUGAGCAGGAUGCAGCAGAGUAUUUACUACGAGCGGUGAGAGCGUCCAGCAUCUUCCCCAUCAUGAGCGUUGGACUUCUGUUCAUGGGAGGUUUGUGUGUGGCUGCCAGUGAGUUUUACAGGAGCAGACACAAUGUCAUCCUCAGUGCUGGAAUCUUCUUUGUCUCUGCUGGCCUAAGUAACAUCAUCGGCAUUAUCGUGUACAUAUCCGCCAAUUCAGGUGACCCGGGCCAGAGCGACUCGAAGAAGAGCUACUCGUACGGCUGGUCCUUCUACUUCGGCGCCCUGUCCUUCAUAAUGGCCGAGAUGGUGGGCGUGCUCGCCGUGCACAUGUUCAUCGAGAAGCACCGGAAGCUGCGUGCCAAAUCCCGCACUGAGCUGAUCAAAAAAUCAGCUUUCAGUCGCAUCCCCAGCUACCGCUACCGUUUCCGCCGGCGUUCCAGCUGCCGCUCCAGUGAGCCCGCCUCUCGUGACGCUUCGCCCAUGGGCAAGAGCGGGUACACGGGCCCCGCUGCGGCAGACAUCUCCAUGUACACCCUGUCCAGGGAUCCCUCCAAGGCGGCUAUGGGUGCCUUGCUCAACUCCGAGAGGGAGUUUUUGCAGGCUCACAACUCCAACGCUAAGGACUUCAAAGAUGCUGCCAACAGGAGGACCACUCCAGUCUGAGAGAGUAUAAGCACAGAGGAAGUGCCAUGGCCAAGACGUGACAACCACAGACUUGAGCUGGACCCCAGCAGGAAGAAGAAUUCACUCGAGGCCUGCAGGGCUAUAACCCUCUUUCUAUAACAGUAUACAGUAUAUAAAUAUAUAGAUGGUAAUUGUUAGAUCAUUGGUGCUUCCUUUUAAUCCUCAUUUUUUAGUCACUGUUUCUGUUGUUUCACACAUCCCUUCCCCUAAGGGCUACUCGAGUAGAAUGCUAGUCCUCUCCUCAGUGUCAUUCAUUUUCCCAUUGAAGUUCCUGAAGUGCACAAAGGUAGCCCAGCGAAACUGUGACGCCCUCUGAGGGAAGGAUUGUUUCCGCUUCUGACAGAUGAACCGAAAGGCUGUCCCGAUACUCGCCUUAUGCACAGCUCGGUAGCCCAUAGCUGUGAGUGCCGCCUCACAAUCACACGAUUGUAUACAAUUGUUGGUUUCUCUCCCGGGUUGGAACUUGAGCCCACAACUAGUGCCACUGUCUAAUGCUGAUCACCCCCACUCAUCCCACCUACACACUGCCCAGGAGCUACUUGGCCGGGCUCUGCAUGCCAUUCACACGGUUAUUCUUUAUUUAUUUAUUUUUUUAUUUUUUUACGUUCACUCCCAAUAUUUCCAUUUCAAACUCCCCAGAUUCCCUGGCAUAAACUUUUAUAACAGGGUUAAAGUGCUUGUUAUUAAAUAUUAUAUUUUAGCCCACCAAA